GUAUCUGACACGGUGUGCCCGCCCGUUGCAAGCGUACGUGUGUGGCACCUCUCCGUUCACGUGCUCCCUACGGAAAGUUCGUGAAAAUCGACGCCGAGACAUCGGAAACGUCGAUCGUACAUCAUCCGUAGCUCACGAUAUUCUCCCGUCGAGGUUAGUUGACUGUAAUUCCAUGUGCCACGUCCAUCCCUUCUCGCCGUAAGAUUUUCAUCUCGGCUUAACUCCACCAUGUGGUCCGUCUCGCGACAAACACGCACGUUCGCGCGUCACAGUGGUUUUUCAUUGACCAUCUAGUCGCAGUCGAAAACAUUGACAAAAAGUAGCCACGGUUGUGCAUCAUUGAAUUCGUAGAUUUUUUUUUUGUUUUUCAUUCGUCAACCGUAUAUUUUCAAAACAAAUUUCCUCUACCGGUGGAACCCAAAUUCCGGUCACACGUCGUUGACACACAUAUGCGUGUACAGAUUUCCAACAAAAUUCUGUAACGUGAAACAUAAUAUGCAGUACGCAUAAAUGUAAGGCUAAAUUACGGAAGCUGGUCCAAUCUUCAGAGACAUGCAGCCGUUUACAUAUGCAGUCGCAGUGGACUCGUGGAGCUCUAGGACUUUGUUGUUGGUUGUUGCAGUAGUUGUCGUCAGCAGUUCUGACGUGCAAAAAGAUGGGCCAGAGCCAGAGUUUUUGAAUCCCAUGGAAAAUGUUACUGUCGCUUUGGGGCGGGAAGCGAUUUUGGUGUGUUCUGUGAAAAACAUUGGAGAACACAAAGUUGGCUGGUUAAAAGCAGAAGAUCAAACCAUUCUAAGUUUACAUGAACGUGUGGUUACGGAAAACCGAAGAAUAGACAUAGAUGUGGAUAAUAACACAUAUUGGAGACUCAAAAUUCGGCAACUGCAAAGAUCCGACAAAGGAUGUUACAUGUGUCAAAUUAAUACGAAUGUUAUGAAGAAACAAAUUGGCUGUGUUGACGUAAAAGUUCCGCCGGACAUCAAAGACGAAGAAACCAUAUCUGAUAUCACUGUAAAUGAAGGUGAAAAUGCUACGUUGGCAUGCAAGGCUAAAGGCAAUCCAUUACCAAAAAUUACUUGGAGACGAGAAGAUGGUCAUAAAAUAACUAUAAGAAACAACAAAUCAAAAAAAACAUCAUUCGAUAGAGUACGUGGAGAACCGCUGUUGCUUAACAGAGUAGACCGCAGUCAGAUGGGACAUUAUUUGUGCAUCGCGUCUAACGAUGUUCCACCGGCUGUUAGCAAGAGGAUCACGUUAAACGUUAACUUUUCACCAAUAGUUUGGGUGACGAAUCAGAUUGUAAGUGCACCACUUCAUACACAUGUACGACUGGAGUGUUUUGUAGAGUCGUUUCCACUUUCCGUCAAUUACUGGUCUAAUGAAAAAGGAGAAAUGAUUCUUCAAGGGCAAAAGUAUUUUAUAGAAGAAGUUAAGAACAACUACAAAGUAAAUAUGUAUCUUAAUAUUCAGAAUUUGGAUAAAAAUGAUCUGGGAGCGUACAGGUGCGUAGCGAGGAAUUCAAUGGGACACGCGAAUAGUUCAGUACGAGUGCACAAGAUAAUAAUGCCGACAACCGUUCCACCAACUACGUCCACAACAACCGCCGCCACAACGACCACGACCACAACGACGUUACCAUCUACCACAAGAAUGGUUCCUCCCUCGACAGUGAUACCAUCACCAGCAACGAAAAGGAAGAGUCAUGUAAUACCUGGUGACCGAAAAUCUGGUGGAAAAACAGACGACAAGACUGGUCUACGGAUAAACGGCGUCGAGUCGGCGGGUGAAAUGGAAACUAAAAGCAGUAGCCACCGGGCAAGCCGUGGUUCAAGUCGGGUCCGCCAGUCAACGAUCAGCCAAUCAGUGAGCAUCAUGGCUGAGCUGGCAUUUCUGACAGCCGCCACAACCAGCUGGUCGACUGGUUGUCCAGUAGACGCCGCCGUAGGUGGCCUCGUAUCACUGGCGCUAGCUGUUUCGCCGCCACUGGUCCUGUGGCUUCUGAACUGAAUCCUGCGAGGAGUUCUACACAAGUGAAAAUAAUCACACACGUCAGAGGCGUACAAGGGAUAUAAGUUGAAAGAAAUUCAAUUGAAUUUCAUGUAAUUAAGUUUUUGUAAUUUUUUUUUUUUUUUUUGUUUUUUUUAUCAUCUCCCCUAAACCAUAGAAAAGUACUAUGUAUUACAUCACUCACCACUUAACCGACUUAAUCACAUUCAUGUGAUCUCUGAAUACUUACAUACACGGUAUGUGUUGUUACCGUUGACCCACCCACAAACCAACCAAUAAUAAUGAUACUAAUUAAAUUUCACUGCGGUUUUAUUUGGGCACGUAAUUGAAAACCAAAAUAACGUGAUGAUCGACACGUAUAUACAAAAUUAAUCUAAUAUUCUAUUUAACAUAAUCGAAUAACUAUCACUUCCGUUUAAAGAACAUUAUUAAUUUAUAUAACAUUCGCUAUUUUGAUUAAUAUAUUGCAAUCAGACAAAUUUCUAAAACUGUUGAUUUGUUGUGAUUACAAUUGUUCAAUUUUAAAAUAUAUUUAUACUCGUAUCAA